AUGACCCAUGGCCACCUGCUCCCGGCAGCCGAGGAGGAAUCCGGCAGCUUCUACGUCCUGCUCACCGUCACGCCCGUGGUCCUCAUGGUCCUCAUCUCCUGCCUUGCCGUCUUCGUCUUCUUCUACAACAAGAAGAGGAGCAACGAUGGGUAUCCCAGUGGGACGCUCUACACCUCCGUCAACCCCGAGUACUUCAGUGCCUCGGACAUGUACAUCCCUGAUGAGUGGGAGGUGCCGCGGGAGAAGAUCACGGUGAUCCGGGAGCUGGGGCAGGGCUCCUUCGGGAUGGUGUACGAGGGGCUGGCGCUGGGGCUGGUGGCCGAGGGUGAGGAGACCAAGGUGGCCCUGAAGACGGUCAACGAGUUGGCCACCAAGCGGGAGCGCAUCGAGUUCCUCAACGAAGCCUCUGUCAUGAAAGCCUUCAAGUGCCACCAUGUGGUCCGUCUUCUUGGCGUCGUGUCCCAGGGCCAGCCAGCUUUGGUCAUCAUGGAGCUGAUGACGCGGGGGGACCUGAAGGGAGGAAGGCAGGCUGAGAACGUGCUGAACUCAAGGCACAGAUGA